AGUGUUAAAGCAGACUCCACCACAGACAUCAGAGCCUUCACCUUAUUACUCUUUACAGAAACCUGCUUGUGAGCUAUUCGGACACAUCAAAUAUUGAAAGCCUGGAGUUUCCGUUUCACACACAGCGAGGGAGGGAAGAGAGCAGAGAGGCAGACGGAGGCAGGGGGGGAGAGACGGGCCUGAAGAAGACGGGGAAAAAGUCAAAGAACUGGUGGGAUUAGGAGGAAAUAACACAACAGGCACCCUGGGAGGGAGACACAUGAGCAGGGAUGGAGGGAGAGAGGGAGGAACAGGCAGAGAGCACCGAAAGUGGGACGAUUUCUACCCAGGCUGAGACACCAAGUCAGAACUGCAGCGAGGAGUGCAAUGAGUCUCAAAACCUCCAAGAAUCUGAGGAGGAGGACCAGGCUGACAGUGGAGCCUGUGAUGGAGAAGUGGAGCCCAGCCAGGCUGAAGAGGAUCCGUCUCUAAGCGGUGCAGAGACGUUACCACCGGAGACUCUGAUAGACACAAACGCACAGGACGAUGCUGACUACUUCCCAUUGUCCCCCCUGCCAACAGAGGAAGAGCCGACCCCCCCUUCAGUGUCAUCUCAUUCCUCUAACUCACAGAAUCAUCCAUCUGAACCCUGCUGGUACUGCAUGAGGUCUCUCGACUCAGACCAUCGUCCUGAAGCUACUACACAGGAAGACUCGGAUCCUUCAUCACCACUGCCCUCUAGUGGCCUGAAAGUGAGCUACCAGACAGACCCUCGACCCCACUUUGGGGUCGCCUGCUCCUCCCACUCCACAUGUCGCCCCCUGUGGGGCAGUGAGGGGCCCUGCUGGGGACAAAGGAACCAGGAAUCACCCGAUCAGACCGACACCUGUCCCCACUGCCAUCUGGGUUUGCCCCUUGACACACUGCGCUGGCAUGAGGCAAAGUGUCUGCUGUUUGAAGGACUGAGGAACUCAAAGAAAUGAAAUGAGAAAAUUGUUUAUUUAAACAAAAAAAUCUACCGUCUUUAUUGGGAAAUUCUCAGGAAAUUCUUAGCACCUUAUGGUUCUAUGAUAUAUCUGCUUGUACUAGUAAGCAACUGUCUGUUUACAAUUAAGCUUUGUCAAGUGGAUUCCCUCAUUCUCUUUGACUUAAUGUUGAAUUUCUGUGAUGAAACACUCUUUCUUUCUCUUGAAAGCGAAAGCUAUAGGCAGACUAAUGAGAGGAAACUGUAAACACUAUUUCUACAUAUGUGCUGUUUAACUCCUUUUAGGAGUACAGAAUAUUAAUAUUCUAUACAUCUUUUAUUUUUCAUUCAUUUUCUGGUUUACAGCACGAUGUAAUGCAAUGCAUGUGAAAUACAUAGAAGUAAUAAUAA